CCGUUGCAGCUCCACACAGCUAGCCCGUUAGUUAGCCUGACAGCUGGCCUUUCUUGCCGUAGCUAGGUGUCAGCUACUGCGUUCCACUUGACGUUCGUGGCGUGGAUGUUGGCGCUGUUUGCAGCGGGGUUCGCCAGGGUUGCGUGGACUUUGUGCGGGCGUUGCGUUCCCGCUUCGAGACAAAGCUGCGGCUGCGUCUUUGCGGCUGCGGGCUUGCUAGCUGGCAUGAAGCUAGCGUUACGGGGGCUCUCCUUAGGAUGCUACGGUAGCUGUCAAACGGCGAUCCGGUGGACUUCGGCAGCUGUGAUUUAAAAAAGAUAGGGAUGUAUUUUAUUUGUUUAUAGGUGUCGGUGAGUGGUGGUGCUUGGCACAGUUUAACAUUCCAGAUAUCGUGUACACAUGACCACCCCCCACCUCUCCUGAGGACUUCAGCCACACAAGAAAUCUCACUGGACACCUGCAAUUCUCGCUUUGGACGUAUACAGCUGUUUUGUGUAAGGCUGUGGGCGUAACACAGCUUUGGUGCAAGAAGAUUAAACUGUACAGCGUGACUUGUACCUCUGGGUGCGUAUAGGACCUAUCUCAAGUGCCAAACUAAUGAAGUGUCCAGAAGAGGGAGAACCCAGCCCUGAAAAACAAUGUCAUCGGCUAGCUUCUGUGUACCUGUAAGGGGGCUGAGGAGUGGACCCGCUGGCCGAGCAGAUCUGUGGAGGAAAGGAAGGAGGCAGGUUUCCGGGAAGUUUGUGCAUUGAUCGCUAGCGUUUUUCUCGCGUCAGCUCUUGCAGAUGAAUACCUGCACAUUCCACUUUCCAGCUUUGACUUUGCAGUAGCUAAUACAAUCAGGUACACAAUCGUUGCUUUAUACACAGAGACGGAGAACAUGGUCUGCACAACACUGUUUUGUGUCACCAGUGACUGUGUUGUGAUAUUCUAAUUGUGACUGAUGCAGAAAAGCAUAAAUACUUGCAGUUACAGCAAAUGUGCACUACAGAAACAAUGGUAGUCCUUGCAUCAACUCCUCAACCCAUCUCAGUCCAUGACAUCAGAAGCCUUUAGAGGCACGGAUCAGGAACACACUCGCCAGCCAACAUACUCAUAUGCAAUGGAGGAAGACAUUGAUGUCACAUCCCACACAGAGGGUCUGAAUGGUUUGUCCCAUGAAUGUAAACCAUUAGAGGAGAUCACCAAUGGGCACUCCAAUCAUAAGCCUUUCAUGAAUGGACUGAUUAUUGGUCACAACGUUAAAGACCAUACAAAUGGCAGCACGCCACUCACAUCCCUGCCGAUUUCAGCACUGAAGCAGAAUGGCCUUCUACAGACCCUGGCGACUGGAGGGGACCAGCCUAAGCCUGCAGAGGACAAUGUGGAAUUGGAAAAGGCCAGGCAGGAGUGGGAGGCUCUGGAGAACGUCCAACCAGCUCUCACUGAGGACUUGAUCCCAACCCCUCUCAUCUCCUUCAACGAAGCCCUGCAGUACUUCCAGACCACAGACCUUGGGGACUUCCUAAAGAACAUCCAACCAACAGUUCGCAGGACAGGUCUAGCUGCAAUCACACACUUCCUCUUCGGACCUCCACGACUGCACAGAGAACUCCUGGAGGAGAGGGAUCUGGUCUUUGCUAUCGCACAGUGCCCUGUGGAUAACAGCCAAACAGUCCACAUGCGCGUCCUCCAGACCAUUUAUAAGAGGCUGAUUGGCAGCAAGCUGGACUGUCCUCGCUAUGGACCACACUGGGAAAACAUUGGCUUUCAGGGUACAGACCCUGCCACUGACCUUCGUGGCACUGGUUUCCUCGGACUGAUGCAUACUCUGUACUUCGUGAUGGAUCCAGAGACUUUGCCACUGGCUAGAGACAUCUUCAAGUUAUCACAACAUGCUACACAGAACUUUCCAUUCAGUGUGAUGUCUAUCAACAUGACCCGCAUCGCUCUGCAAGUGCUCAGAGAGGAGGCCUUGUCCAAGGAAUGCAAUCGUCGUCAGCAAGUGGUCGGUGUGCUGAAUGAGUUCUAUGUUGCCACGUAUCUACAUCUGUAUCAACUGUGGAAGACUCAACAGAAGACCAUCGCUGACUCUGGCUUUGUACUAAAAGAAGUGGAGCUGUUUGCCAAAAAGAACCCCAAGCAGAUGCUGCGCCGACUAGAGGUCUUCCUGAAAGAGAGGCGGGCAGGUGGAAUCCCCCGUGGGACGUCCCCAGACCCUCAGGCCCAACAGCCGUCUCCAAGCCUCGGGGAGCGAGCGACCAGAGGGAUGGGAGCGGGAUGCAAGGGAAAGGAGAUGCAUUUCACAGGAGUGUGUGAUCUACCGCCAGACAUGGAGGGAGAGGCCAGACUCAUCUAAGCUAGACUCUGCGUGCGUGUGUGCGUGCGUGCGUGCGUUUGUUUGUGUGCGUGCGUGCAAUCCUGUUUGUGAGUAUACGUGUUAGUAUGUGUGCAAGUGACUUAUAAAUGCGAGAAGAAGAAAACCCUACCACACCCUGAGCUAGGACCUGCUGUCAAAUCCCAAUUAAACACUUCUACUCCGUCCACCUGAUGCUACAGCGAAGCACUUUGAUCAGACUAAAUUUGCAGGGUUUUCAGAGUGUUAGUCCUUUCUUUUCCACCUGGUGCAGGUCAGAAAUACAAGAUGUCACAUAAACAAAAGGAAAGUUAAUGUUUGCACUUUUUCUGUAUUUAGGAGCCAAAAUAAAAACUGCCAAAUGUCUAUGGUUAAACUCUACAUGCCUAAAAGUCAAAACCGAUCAUGUUGGCAAUGCAGAAGGUGGAGCACAGCUUGAAGUGGCUGUUUUCAGAGGCUUGGCCUUUGCCUCAACUCCAAGCUGCUUCUCCGUCGUAUACUAAUGACCCAAACAAUAAUAAAUUAUCUGAAGGGACGAAUUGUGAGGGAAAUUGUUUAAUGCUCCGCUCAUGUUAUUGUAAUGGAAAAAAUUAACCAGUUACAGAGCAAACGGAAUUGAGUCUACGCUCUCUUCGGCAGGCUUUGAAAGCAAUUUCCUUUUAGAGGUCCUAAUACGUUGCAUUCUUUAUUAGUCUGAAUGAAAUAUAUGUUACACGAAAGAAGUACAAGAAUGGACACUGACCAGAUGCUGCAGGUAAAGCCAAGUGUCGGCGUCGUCAUGGUGACUGUUGCCAUGGGUGUCAUAGAUAGAAGUCCAGAGCUCCCAAUUAAUACGGGGGAAUAUAUUUUAAAUAAUUAAAAAAAACUAAACUAUUUUAGUCCUUUUAAUAAGGGACAGCUUACAGAUAUGUAAAAGCACUUCAGAUGUUUAUUAAACUGAUGGCUGACUGACCAUGAGAAGGAUUUAUAACACUGUUUAAAGUUACAGGAUAUCUCAACGGGUCAAUGUUGAAGUUAAGGAGAUACUUUUUGAGUGAGUGUGAUUGUUUUGGUCCCGGCUGAAGUAAAGGUCUGGUCUGAGCUUUCUCUACAUUCCGUUAUAAAGCAUGUGAUUGUAAUUUUUUUUUUUUUUUGACCAGUUACAAAUUUAUUCCUCUGUGUGUAUGAGUGAGAGAGAGAGCUGAUACUGUUGAAGGGUGCCUCUUCUAGUAGAUGUAUGGUACAGUAUGCAAUCCCAGCUAUUCCUCAAUGAUAAUCAAAGCGAUAGUGCUGUGAGAUGCUAGAAUAUUGUUUUUAACUUCAGGGUUUGUGUGCAUGAGUGAAUGUGUGUGUGCGCGUGUGUGAGAAUGUUGACAGGAACUGACUACAGAUGGGGUGCUUUCCUCUGCACACACAAAACCAGCUUUACUUAGUACUUGAUCCAUUGAGCUGCAAAGAUGGUACUUUAGUCAAUUUCAAAAUGGUACCUACAUUAAAACUAAAGAUUUAUCCCAAAAACCAAACACAUUUCAUGUUUUGCUUCUUUUGGUUCUGGACACAUCUGGUUUCAGCAGCUCUGGGGCCUGAAAUGGGUAGAGCUCCUCAGCAAAGCUGGUCCCAUCGUCGUAGUCUCGAUCUGUAGCAUGUUCAGGUAGCACUAGUACUGUAGCAUCCUAUAGCCUCCUCUUCGUAAAGCUUGUUGAUGUCAUGUCUCAGUUACAGUCUGUAGUGUCAUGAGUGCGCAAACUGUUAAUACUAUAGCACCUUCAUCCCGUGAUUUCGUUGAACCUCCAGUAGACACUUGUGUAGGCGGCGCAGUGAGAUGUGGGGUAGGCUAGAUGUUCCUGAGUGACAGUAAAACUCGUGCCUGCAUCCAAUGGAGUUAUAUUUUUGUCUUUUUAUUUGAGCCACCGUGCCACAGUAGGCUUUUUCCAUUCAUGUAACACAAUAAGCAACGUGCAGACUUAAUGGAUAUGUACACGCAUAUGCACAGGCAUGUAAAUUCUCAGUGUCAGGAUAAUCGUUUCUCGCCAUCGCCAUUCGUCAUCGUAGAACUUGAACACUAAGCCCGCGUAGUUUUUCCAGUUGUUCUGAUCGAUCAGGAAAAUUUGCACUGUUGUAGAUAUUAUGAUAGUAUGUGUGACGUAUGCAAGAGGAAACAGGCCAUCUUCAAUAGCCAUAUUGUUCACUGUCACCCACCUCAUGCGACAGGCUUUGUGGAGUCCGAUUCCCCUUCACCGUAUCUGUGGUGAAGAAAUUGCACCACAGAUACGCUCUCACAUUUAGUUUUGUUACAUUCAAAACCGAGGCGCAGUACAGUGUAUGUAAAUCAGGAAGUUUGUACAUAGAGAAAUAAUGAUUGUAACUGUAUGAUUGUCUGUCGGGCAUUAUACUGAAACACAUUGCUUACCUCAAGACUUGAGACAAAUCUCUUCUUUCUCUCCUAAAGCUUGUUCGGCCUCAGUCCGAAUCUGUUUAUUUUUCCUCGUACCCUGGCCUUUUCCCAUAACAAUUGGAAAAGUUAUAUGAUAUAUAUUCAACACCCGAAGCACUACAUAAUCGCUGAUCUAACACAAAGGCUGGUCAAUGUUCUGUGUAUUCUAUUUAUAGACACUAUAUAGGCCCACACGUGCUCCGAUGCAGCUGCAGAAACCUCUUUGAGAUCCAUCCAUAAUUGGCUGCUGUUUAAGGUUGAACUCGUUGGUUUUCUUGUGGCUUUAGUGAUAGUACAGUACACCUUUGCUGUGUUUAAGUGUUUAAUGUCAGGAGGACACUCAAACAAACCCAUCUCUAUGGAGACAGUGAGGAACUGUUGGCUAUAUGGUUGUAAAGACACACGCCCGAGUAGCAGUCACGAUGCUUCAACCUCGGUAUUUAUUCAGGAUCCAAACGAAGCCCGAUUUGUCCUUUCUAUAGUAACAAAAGAUAAAAUGCUCAAGCCAAUCGAUCAUAAUACAGUGUGUUGGUCAUCUUUUGGGACUCUCAUUUCAGAAACCAGAACCAACAGGGAAACAAUAUUUAAAGAGAAAAACCGAAAUGGGUUCUUGCUCCCAGCAGGAUGUCGGAUGCUUGGAGAGGUGUGGUCUGAAGUUGUGCUUCCUCCAGCAGCGGCUCGGCAAAUACAAUCACUUCUCAAUAUCCUGCGCUUUAUAUGAAGGUGUUUAACUGUUGCCGUUGUCAUGUCCCUCAGAGCAUUUUAUGACUGUACCUUGAUUGUAGAAGCCCUAUUUUAUACUGAGAGUUAUUUCAGAUUACAGUAUGUGCUGUUGUACAUUAAAUGUAUUGUAUGGAGAAAGCUAAAUAAAUGCUGUUUAAAAGUAA